GAGACGGAACCAAAAGAGAAAAACAAAACAAUCAAUUUUCCUUUUUGUGCUUGAUUAGUUUUUUGUUAUUGCGAUAAUAGUUGUCAGCGUUACGUCUAGUUCCCACUCAGUCUUCUUGCAGUAUUUACGAGUUUCCGUAAUCUUGAAAGUCUGUUUCCAGCGAAAUUUGUGAUGGCAACUGCUCAGCGUCCGACGAAACUGUCAUUGAGAGCGAUUUUCUUCGAUUUGGACAACACCCUUAUCCCUACCAAACAUGGCGACAAAAAGGCUUGUGAUCAGUUAAUCAGCUGGCUUGUGCGGAACGACCACAUGUCAAACAGUGAUGCAGAAGAGAUUGUCUACACGUACUUGCGCAUCUUCCGAAAGUGCCCCCAUAAUCCAGAGGUGGAGCUCAACGCUUGGCGUCUGCAGCUAUGGUCAAGUGCCCUCGGGGGACGUUACGAACAUUUAAAAGAUGCAAUUUACCAGCAGUGGCUGCGGUUACGUUUCCACUUUUUAGCACUAACGUCAGAAGUUGUGGAUCUCCUGAUUCAACUGCGUUCUUCAUACCUUCUUGUCUUGAUCACCAAUGGUACAUCACCGUCGCAAUGGGAAAAAGUUGAUCGCCUGAAUUUGCGGAGAUACUUUGAUGGGAUUUUUGUCUCUGGUGAUCUGCCCUGGGAGAAACCACAUCCCAGUAUCUUCUUUGAGGCAUGCCAGUUCUUGGGCGUGGAGCCUCACGAGUGUAUAAUGAUUGGUGAUAAAAUGGAGACGGACAUCCUAGGAGGAGUAAAAGCAGGUCUUGCGGCAACAUUCCUGAUCCAAACAUCUCAGACUCAACCCGCUACUGAAGUAAAACCCGACCAUGUCUUGUCUUCUGUUAUGGAAUUAACCCAUUUCUUGCCGAAGCGGCCUCUGAUGAAACGGCCAACCUUGCCACUAGUUUCUGAUGAAGAUACAAACAGUAACAGUAGCGAUGGGAGCUGAUAUGUCAGCUUGAUGAGCACUGUUUGGAAGUGGCCUGUAAUGGAACAGUAUGUGGAGUUUAGGAAGUUGACCAAACUGGAUAGUCCAGAGGCAUUUUUUAGGAAUUUUUUUAAUUCUCUAGGCAGCAAUCUAUGCAACAAUAUAUUUAUCUUGAAAUAAGCAAAAAAUCCAUGUGGAGAGGAUUGAUGACUUGAGCCUUUAUCAGCUCUCCUAAUUACCCCCAAGAUUUGAGCAAAUUAAAAAUGAGAAACUAGAUACUUUUCGCUGCACAUCAUGUUUUUGAAAACGGAUGGUGUAAGCAUUCAAGGCUUUGAAGAUUAACACUUCUCAAUUUCUAAAGUAUGUUAAUACUCGUGUAUUGAAUUUCUGAGGAAUUACUUAGUAAAUAGUUUGUACUGGAAAUCCGUUUUGACAACACUUUCAAGUGUUUGGUCUCUGUUUUUCAUCUUUUCCUCAGUUAAAAUGUUGAUUAUUAAAAAGGCCUAAGUAAUAGUUUCUUGAAAAUACAGGAGGCUAUGGCAAACAAAGGAAACCAAAGCUCCAUAGUUCUUAAUACUGAAGCUAUUUUAAAAACAAACAGUUGAAUUAAUAUGGGUUCAAUGUAUCUACAGGCAGAUAUGCUGCUAACUAUUCUUUAAACAAGGGAUAAUAUAGAUCCUUCAGAUAUCUAUCUUUCAAAUUCUAACUUUGAAACUCAGAAAUCUCAUCUUAAUAUAUGACAGUUUCAAUUUUGAAAACAUUGUCACAACGUAUUUUACGCUUGAAUGUUUUAUUAUGUAAAUUUUCUUUUUUCUUCAAAACAUGAUUCAACAAGUAAAUUGUCAAGUAUCGAUCUUUCAAAAUAUUCUUGACCUGAAAUGUUUUUUUCUCUGUAGGAUUAUUAUAUUUUCAGCUGAGAAACUAAUCAAAACUCCAAUGAGUGAGAAUCCAAUUAUCUAAAUAAGGAAGUGUAAACAUCUAAGCCUACACUCUCUGCUAAUUUAGUUGCCAUCUAGGUCUGCUGAGAAAUCCAGCAUUUAAUGGACGACUAAAUGUUUUUUCUUUUUCUUUUUCUUUUUUAGUGCAUAAUUUCUCGUGUACAACAUUUUCUUUUAAAAUAAUUGUAUAAGUAGCCUUAGCUUAUCAGAUACCAGAGGAAUUUGCCUGGUUUUUAUUUCCUCUUCUUUUUUUUCUUUAAUGCUUUUUUAUUAUUUUGUACUUGUCGUAUCUCUAUGUAGCCUCCUCUGUUUUUUACCUGUGACCUCAUUAUUUUUAGAAUUGGUUGAGGUUUACAAGGCAGAAAAACUGACAGGUUAUUUAUUAAUUUUACUUACAGCUGAUGAAUAUAGAAAGUUUUUCUAUACCAAUGAUGCAAUGUUCGAGCAUCAAAUUGUGCCUCUAUUUAUAACUGCGCUGUAAUUUUGAUUGAAUGUGACCAUGUAGUAGUUAUACUAGAAUUAAACACCUCGCUAAUAUUUCUCUCUACAAAUUCAGGAACAAAGGAACUCUUUUUCCUAAGCUCUUAGAUUGGUUGGAAAUUGACAUUUUGAUCUAGAUGUAGGUCAAAGAAAGCAGAAAAAAGGCUCCUCUAAAAGUAAACUUAUCCGUCAUUGAGACCUCAAUUCACUUUCAUUAUCCUAAGCUAUAGCCAAAGAAUACCAUACCAUUGAAAUAUAAUGAAUGGCAAUCCUUUUUGCGAUUGAGUUCCAUUAUUUCCAGUCAAAGCUUGUUAUCCUCUGUUAGGGUGAAGCUGUCUGUAAAGAGUUAAAAAUUUCAACCAAAGGUAAUAAUUUAUUUAUUUUUCCUCCUUUAAUUGCCAUGCAGCUCUGCAUCUUUAAUUUGAAACGGGUAGAAUAGAACAUGAUAUUUUUAAAAAAGUAUGGAACUAAGAACCUCCUACAUUUCAAUAUUUCUUAAAAAUUUAACCAAGAUGCUCUUCAAGAACAAGGGCCCUCUACUCUGUUGGUCACUUGGAAAUCUUUAGAUUACGUUACCAUUUAAACGAUCCUGUGCCGAAUACUUUCCCUGCAGCUUUGUUCACUGGGUAUUAUGUUAUGAAUCUCUACAGUUUAGUGCAUCAUGUACCAUCAGGGAAUUUUAUUUAGAUCAUGAACAAAACAAAUGCAGAUUUUUACAAAAUUGAAGUUGAGGGGGAACAAAAAAAAGGAGUACAACAGUGCAGUCAUGCAAUCCCUAUUUUUCAUGAGUGACUGUAAAUGGAAUAAGUUUAGAUCAUUUAACUAUAAUGAUAAUCUUACAUUCACCUUGUUUCAUUAAUUUCUGUAUGCUUUUUUGUUUCUUUGACAGUGUUUUUUUUUUUUUUCUCUCUCACUUAGUUUUGACAUGGCUCAGAGUAAUGUUUUAUUUUCUCUCAUGUCAGAAACUCGAGUUUCUAUUUUGAGUUGAAGAAGUUUGAAUGGAGCUAGAACGAAGAAGUGAUAGUGUCAAGAAACAUUAAACAAGAAGACAAGUCAAACAGUUUUAAUAUGAAAUUGCAGAUUAAUAGUGAACUUUGAGUUAAUUUUUUCAUUUUAGUGAUCCUUUUAGGAAACAUUUACUCGAUUCGAAUAUAAUCCUGAAAAUCUCUUGUUAAAAAGAUACAAGUAGCAAUCAAUGUUACUCAUUUGCUAGUAUUGCCAAAGUGAAACAUUUUUUGAAUACCAAAAUUGUUGUCUCUCUAAGUAUGGAAAAAUACAGAACCUCGAUCACUUUUUCUUUAAUUUUCCAGAAUCACAGGAACUGAUGUUCUUUAUAUAUUUUAAUAAAGUUUAGAUAUUAGGGAUAUCCCAAGAGAUGACUAUUCUAUGAUGAAAUUCCUGUAAUUCAGAAUGAUGAAAUACAAUUCUCAAGGUCAGGUUGUUUCGUGUAAAUUCCAUUUCUUUUACUUUUUAGUGUAAGUUUAAUAUUUAUUGUUAUUUAUUUAUUUAUUUAUUUUAGAAGGGUUUAUCAAUUAACUUCAACUUAACCAUCUUCCUCCUCACUGCAAUGGACAAAUAUGGGUGUUAUUGACUGAGAUUACUGAGUUAAGCUAGUGAUUUUGGCAGGUUCUGUCACUUUCUAGGCAAACACAUUUUUUGCGCUUUAGAUUAUUUACUAAAAGCUCUGUAGAAACUAAUGUUUUAGUUUUACCUUACAAAAUUAUUUUGAAUAGCCAUCAAAAGUGGUGCUGGUGUAGUGGUCUUGCUUGUAUCGGUAAGCAGAGAUUAGUGUCUGGUGGCAUUAUUGCCUAAUCGAUCCAUGCUACCCGCUAAUUCUGUGGUUUUUUUUUUUUUUUUUUUUUUUUUUUUUUUUAUACGAAGGUGAGACUUUGAUUGCAAUUAGAAAUUCCAGAAAAUGAGGUUCACCCCAACUCAGCAUAAUUUGUCAUUACGUUAAAACAUAUAACUCUGAAUUCAAAAAUUAACACUCUGCUUUGAAAAUUUCAUUGAUUAGAGCAUUCCAAGAGGAAAUGAGCAAGGCUGUGCAGCACCAAGAAAAGACGUCUCUGUAAGCUUUUUGAUGUAUAAUUUUCACCAGUGCUGUGAGGGAGGAACAGAAAGGUUAAUUUUGAAGACUUUUUAAAUCUACCUUAUUUGUACUGGUGACAAGUACCUGAUAUUGUACGUUAGGGUAACUUUAAGAUCGCUUCUAGUGUUUUGAGUUGUUAUUAAAUUGCUCUUGAUGUAAUUUUUCAUAACCUGAUAUUGUAGUUCCUCUUGUUAAUUUUUUUUAAAGUCCUUUUUGUUUGUAAUCUGUCUUCUUCAAGAUUAUAUUUAUGCUUUAUUUAAUUUUUAUUGUUUCUCUUGAGGUCCCUUUUUAAUUAUCUCUUCUUCACUUUUUUGGGAACCACAAAGAAAUGUUAAAUUAACUGCUCCUUUCUUUCUCCUUUGCCACAAGGUGGUAUCGUAAACCACUUUGUGAAGGAUGGAUUUCCAGUGCUUUGAGAAGUCAGUAUGUAACAUCCUAGAGAAAAGCCAUGAGCUUCCGUUCCCCAUUUUUUACAAAGUAAAUGUAAUAAUUGUUCUUUUUAGCGAACCCUUAUUAUAACAGCCUUUUUAUUAUUGCCUUGGAGAACUCCACAUUCGGUCUUAUUUUUAUUUUUUGUCUUAAUUCAGCUCAGGUUUCAUGAAAGCACUGUAGAUAUUAAUUUUGAAUGUUGUAAAACUAUGCUCCUGUCAAUUAUUCCUUUUACAUUGGAAGAUGCUUUUUUAUCACUUAAAGAGGGAUACUCGUACAAGGAGAUGUAUUCUACCCCAUAGAACUCCUUUAAUUUUUUCUUCUUCUUUUUUUGGUUUGUUUAAAAAAUGACAAUUAAAAGAUAUCUUGGUUCAAGGAUGCCCCCCCCCCCCCCCCCGGCUUCAUGCAAUAUGUUGUAUAGAAUCCCUUCAACCUCUGACUAGGCAUAGUUAUACAACGUGAUGCACAUGAGGGUGCUAGACAUGUGAAUUUAUAGGUUGUGUCUAGAUGUAAUUUUUGAGGUUUAGUUUGUAUAUUCGACUGAAAGAGUUCUGAAGUGAUAUGAAUGUGGUUUAAUCUUAGUAUUUAUUGUUUUCAUCUUGAAGCAGCUAUAUGUAGUUUUAGGCUCCGGUGGUUUUUCUCACAAUUGUACAUCAGCUGGAAAAAAUGUCUUUUUUAUUGCCUGAUAAGUAAACCCAAAGUGAAAUAAAAUAGCUCUCAAAUUAUU